AUUCGUUCACUCAGUCAACGUUUUGAACUUCUGUCAGCCGCAUCCAGUUAGAGAGAAGAUUGGUUGCCGUCUCCAUUGUACUGUGAUAGUUUCUAAACCCAGUGCUUCCCCAUCCUCAAGGCUCAGGAUGUUAUUCCUAGCGCCGCGAAAGCAUCUCUUUGCCACUAAUUUGAUCAUGCUUCUUGUGAUCUACAUCAUGCGCAAGUGCUUGCAGCUAUUUUGUAUUAUUGAGAACAAGACUGGAGCCGAUGGUCAACUGCAGCCAGAGAUGGAGCAAGAGAAAAAUUGGUCUGAGGAUUCACCGCUAUUGGAGAGACGUCGCGGUGGCUUUAAGAUCAUACCGGAUGCCAUUCACAAGAGCAUGCAUGGCUUCGGCUACGGCGAGGGUCACUAUCAGAUCUUUGUGGAGAAGAAGGAGCGCAAUUUGCCAACUAAAUCCCGUCUCAAUGCGGCCACUGCUGAAGUCAAGCUCAAUCCCAAUUAGACAAUUUAAAUGGUCUAAAUAAUUGAGACAACAAAUUGUGGAUGCGAUGUCCGCAACAAACAAAUUGACAAUGGACCAAAUUGGCUAGCUUUUUAAUGCCAACAUUAACAACAACAACAACAACAACAGUGAACAAAAUUAUCAAGCAA